AUGACAAAUAUUGCCACUUCUAACUCUAUUCGACUUAAGAUCAAAAAAAUUAUUUGGGACGAGAGUCGGCACCGGUCACAGACAGAACUAGAAGGUGAUGGAUCAAUAUGUGAAGAAUCUAACGAAGAAAAUUUAAAUACUAAUUUGGAAAACGAAAUCAUGCUGGAAGGGCUUGAGGUGUUUAAUAGAUAUCGAAAUAAUGAUAUUGUGGGUGAAAGAUACAGAAAUAUUGACGGGAAUAGUGUGUGCGCAAUGAAUAGAUCCAAGGUAAAAGAGGUAUUUGGAGAAUUGCUUGAUAUGGAUUUUGACACCAGUUCGGAGCUGAAUGAAGAUGAUGAGUCGGUGAUGAUGGAGCUCACUCCAUUUGAAGAGAUGCCUUCGAGGACCAAUUCUUUUAGGCAGUCUAUUAAGAAUAAGCUUAGGAAACUUCUCAGUAAUUCGCCCACAGAGAUGCUAAACAAGUUAGAAUACGAAGGAGAGAACUACUCACCUGUAUCGAUGAAAAUACCUGUUAUCGAAGAUGCAGAACAAUUCAAUAGGCUAGAUACUCUGCUUUUCGAUCUUCAAGAUGUUGAGGAUCCAAGGAUCAAAUUUAAUCAAUUCGUUGAUGUGUUAGUCUACAACGGGAACUAUAACACCCCAGGAGGUAAUUCAAGUGAUACCAUAGGAAGUGGAAGAUUAUGGAGAAAUUUAUCUUUACGUAAGAGUUCCUUCAGGAAUAAUUAUACGGCUUCUAAAUCACAAAGAGUCCGUCCAAUCCUCAAGAGCAAAACCAAUGAAAACUAUGAAUACGAAGCCUUCCAAAUAAGAGAAUUUGAUAAAAUCAAUUUUGAAAACUUUAUGAAUAAUUUUGAAAACUAUGAAACAUGCAAGCUAAGCCAAGAACCAUAUUUGAUUGAUGCUAGAUUAAAUCAAUUAAAAAAUUAUUAUCAUUGUAAUAACAAAGCUUGA